AAACACUCUGGUCUCUGAAAUCAUCUGAACACUGAAAUCGCAACUCAUUUGUUUCGGUCAAUUUUCGCACAUUUUUAAAUUGGUAAAGUUAUCAGUAAAAAUGUUAGGGCGAACCCUUUUGUUACGAAAUCCGUACUUCGCCAAACCUUCCUUAUACUUCAGAAACAUAACAGUCUCCUCGCCCACAUAUGAUAUAAUAAAAAUCCAAAGUACUGAUGAUUUUAAGGCUAAAGUUAUCAACAGUAAAACUCCUGUUGUUGUGGAUUUCUUUGCGACAUGGUGCAAUCCUUGCAAGCUGCUUACACCACGACUUGAGUCAAUAAUCUCUGAGAAUAAAGGUAAAGUAAUCCUCGCCAAAGUGGAUAUUGACGAACAAACAGACUUAGCUUUGGAUUAUGAGGUUAGUUCUGUGCCAGUUCUUGUAGCUAUCAAGAAUGGUAAAGUGCAACAGAGAUUGGUUGGAUUACAAGAUACAGACAAGUUAAGGAAGUGGAUUACACAGUUUACGUCUGACGACUCUGAAGUCAAUGUCCAUAAUUGAUGGAAGGAAAGGAUUUUUGGACCUUAAAAUGUAAUUUAUUGUUCUCGUUAUCCUUAAUUUUGUAGUUGAAAUAAAACUUAGGUGAAAA